AUGCUAAAUUCUAAUAAAACAAAUGGGGAAAUACACAAUAAUAACAACGGUUAUCACAAAAAGUCAUUUACCUAUAACGACGAAUCUAGUAAAUCUAUACAAUCAGGCACAGUAACUGAAACAAGUAACGAAGAAUUGAGGAAUAAAAAGAAGAGGAAUAGAUUUAGGAAUAAACAAUACAAAAGAUCUAGCCAAUCAAAUCAACAACCAGAUCAACCCCAAAACAAGGCUAAUGAGGCAAGGAUACUGAAAAGAGAAGACGAAAAAGUGGAAGAACAACAACAAACUCAACAACCAAGCCCAAUGUUUGAAACCUCAACUCAGACUAAUCCCAUCAGUACAAUUAAUUCCAACCCCACAAUUCACACCAAUAGCUUAAUCAAAUCAUCUACACAAAAGGACUUGAAAGCAAAUUCUCCCACGACUCCUCGAUUACAACAACCUCCCAUAAUUAACGAAAGUCAAAAUGAAGUGCUACCUCACCAAGCCUAUAAAUCCCCUAGAAAAGAAGCCAUCCUAAGACAUAAACAAAGUAACGGAAGUAAAGAAUCAAAGAACAAUCAAUCAAAUUAUCGAGAAAAUUUAAAAUCGAAUAAGGAUAUACCAUCGCCCAAGUCGUUAGUCCAUUAUGGCAAUCAACACCACGACACCGCUCAAGACCCAUCAAUGAAUUUAAAGUUGGAUGAAAAAGUUACAUUAUUCAAAUAUAGAUCAUCAAAAAUAUUGGAGUUGGUUCACAAGAAUGAUAUAAAUGGUUCCUUAUUAGCACAUGGAGAAUUCGAAAUUUUUCAAUUACACAAUGGCGAUAUAACUUAUUUGUCAUGUGGUGGUGGAAAACUGUUCAUAUAUCCAUUACUACCUAAGAUUAAAAUAUCUAGAAUUGAGUUUAACAAAUUCAUCAUACAUUUAAUUAAUCCCAAAAGAUUCUGGAAGAUUUUCAUCAAUAGUGACGAGAAAAAUGUUAUUGAGAUUUUACAAGGAACUUUGGAGAGGAAUGUCAAAUAUGAGAACGAGUACAAAUUUGAUUCUGAAGAAGACGAAAAGCAAAAUCUGGUAAGUAACAAGAUAGAGGAAAAUAGGACUCCAGAAGAAGACGAAGAGCAACUGAUUUACAAAAGAUUGGAUAUGAAACCUAGAGAAUUGAUGGAGGAUAGCCCUCAGAAUCUUGAUUUCAAAACUUCGUCUAACAAUUUUAUUGAUAAUAUAAUCCCUGACUCCCCACCAUCUGCUCCGAUAUCUCCAACUCAGGAUAUCAUCAAAACCUUUGACUUAGAUCCAGUGAGAAAAGAACAACCACAGUAUGUUCAUCCAUACUAUUCACCAACGUCCUUCAAUCAACCAAGCAAACUCAAAAAGCAUUCAUCAUUACAAUCAAUGAAUACCAAUGUUGCAUGUUUAGAUGUGGGUCCAAAAACACCAAAUCAACAUAUUAUUAAGAGUUCAAUACCUGUACAUCAACAACUACAAAACCCCUACCAAGCAGGUAUAAAUAAUCGUCCCAAUCAUAAUCACAGUCACAAUCACAAUCACAAUCACAAUCACAAUCACAGUCACAUUCCACAUCAGUUUAAAAACAACUUUAUACCAAUCGAUGAAAAGUCUGAAAGUUCAAUGGAUUCAUUACUAGAUGAAUUUGAAGAAUCAUUAACAAAAUCAGUAAAACAAAAUAUAGUUGGAGGUGCUACAUCAACCAUUUACUCAAGACCACCUUCUAUAAUUCAACAUUCAGUUACUUCUCAGCAUAAUCCAAUACCAUUGUAUUCCCGAGGUAAAUAUUUUGAUGGUAAGAUUGAGAAUGAUGAAGAGUGCGAUGAAAAUUAUAACCAGAAGAAUAAAGAUAAACAGGAAGAGAUUACAAGUUUGAAUGAUGGAUUUAAUAAAUCACACAGUUAUAGAUAUCAUCCGAAUGAAGGGCUUCAUUCAAGUCGAAGUAGACGAUCUUCAAGAAGUGACUUGUACACGAAUGAAAGUGGUUGGAUGGAACCAAAUAUUAAGUCAAAAUUAAUUCCAACUAACGCCAAUCACAAUCACCAAUCGAUAAAUGGAAGUGUUUAUAGCAGGUCAAAAUUACCAAAAUCGAGGUCAAAUCAAUCCAUAAGUAGCUCCGUCUCCCACAAUCAAUACAACAAUUUAAGCAAUAUUUACAGGUCAGUCAUUGGUCAAAAAUUACACGAUAAUGGAAACAUACAAAAUGAUUAUACAUCGGUAUCAUCAGUCAGAUCAAUGUCAAGAUUACCUCCCCGAAUAAAUCCACAGCAUCAAAAUCAAAUUGAUUUAAAUUUAAGGAGACAAAGUUCAUAUUUGAAUUCAAAACCUAACAUAAAUCAAUCAAAUAAUCCUAGUGAAAAGAUACCCAUUAAAACAAAUGCGAAUUCUAAAAAUCUCAAUUCAAAGGAAAUAUAUCAAAUUUUAAGCUCAACAUCAGCUCAAGAUUUGAAACGAAACAAAAACUCACUACCUCAAAAUCAAAACAACCAAAAAAAACCAAUUCCAAAAUCUACAAGCUUUACAUCAAGAUUAUUUGGAUGGUAG